AUGAAAGACUAUCUAGUGUACAUGUCGCAGGCGCAUAUGGGUUUCCGGCGCGCGGAGCUGGAAUCUCUGGCCGAAAUGCACGGGUUCAGCGUGGACCUGAGUGGUCUGAGCGAAAAUUCGCCGUUUUUCGUGGUGCAGCUUGAGAACGACGAGCAGGCAGCCCAGCUGAUCCGCAGAUCUGUUCUUUCUCGGGCCAUUUACGAGCUUUGGGGCCAGGGAGCGACGUUGGCAGAUUUGCACGCCGAUGUCAGAGAGCGGAGCUCGGCACUUAUCUCCAAAUACAAGCGGUCGUCCUUCAAGUUCGAUAUCGUUUCGUACCAGGGUAGCAGAAGGAGCCGAGAGCAGCAGCUGGCACUGAUCAACUCGUUUGCGUUCCUUGCCUUGGAGGGGAAAAUACAGAUGAAAAAUCCGGACCAGAUAUUUGCCAUUUUGGAGGCCUACAGCAUCGUCAACCAGGAGCCUGCUCCGCAGCCGGACUAUAUGUACUUCGGCCGCGAGGUAGAGGUUUCUGAGCGUUCGCGCGGCGUUCUGGAGCGCUAUGAGAUUGCCAAACGGCCGUACUAUGGGACCACGACGUUCGACGCUGAGUUGGCGCUGGUGAGUUGCAAUCUUGCGCAGACGCAGGCCGGCCAGCUUAUAUACGACCCGUUCGUGGGCACAGGGUCGUUUGCGCUUGCUGCUGCACACUAUGGAGCCUUUGCAUACGGAACAGAUAUAGAUUUCCGAACGCUCAAGGGCAAGGGGCCCAGUCGGCGACUUGCUACCAAUUUCGAAAAAUACGGCACGAGUCAUCUGUUUGGUGACGUUCUGUGCAUGGAUUUCACCCAUAACGCAUUCAGAAAAAACCUCCUGUUUGAUUCGAUUGUCUGUGACCCGCCGUAUGGAGUUCGGGAGGGCCUCAAGGUGUGCGGAACGAACAGGGAAGAGCGAUUCGAAGGAAAGGAAAAAAUAAUCAUUGACGGCGAGUACGCGUACCUCCGACGCGACUUCAUCCAGCCGAAAAAGAACUACUCGCUAGACCUGCUUCUGGACGACCUGCUGCAAUUUGCAGCGGAAAGACUGCCGGUAAACGGCAGACUAUGUUUCUGGAUGCCCGUGGCCAACGACCAGGACAUCCCUACACUGGUUCCGCAGCAUGAAAAAUUGCAGCUGAUGUACAACCUGGUGCAAGAGUUCAACAAGUGGUCGCGGAGGCUGCUGGUCUACGCAAAGCGGGACACCAAUUACAAGGGAACCACCAUCACGUCGCAGGAGCGGGGUCUCCAGAACGACUUCCGCAAUAGAUACUUCCAUAAAUUUAAGUAA